AUGGGUUUCCGUUUGCCCGGUGUUGUUAAUGCCAAGCAACUUCUUAGGAGGUCUUCUCCAAAUGGAAACCGAGCAGCUGCAGCUCUCGUAGCUGAUGUUCCAAAAGGCUAUUUGGCAGUGUAUGUUGUUGGGGCUGAGAGCAACAUGAAGAGGUUUGUGAUUCCUGUGUCAUUCCUGAACCAGCCCUCAUUCCAAGAGUUGCUAAAUCAGGCUGAACAAGAAUUCGGAUUUGAUCACCCGAUGGGAGGCCUUACGAUUCCCUGCACGGAGGAUUCUUUUGUUGAUCUCAUUUCCCGCUUAAAUGCCUUACAAGGGUAG